CUGUUUGGAAGCACCUGCUUUCAAUAUACUUUGUAGCCCUCAUUUACUCAAGUGUUUCCUUUAUUUUGGCAGUUACCUAUAUAUCAAUGUUGGAUCCUGUUAUGUCUAUUUCUACAUCCAGGGUGUUUCUAAAUACAGGGUAGUGCGUCCCUGGUCUGUAUCACAGCACCCCCUCCAACCUGCAGAACUCUCUGAUCUCCAUAAGCACUCUGACAAAAUUGCCUGCGUCUGCAUUCACACCCUGAGUCAAGAGAGGGGAGGGGGAGACAGAGGGAGGGAGGGGGGUUAAGAGGAGGAGAAGGAAGGGGGGGGAGAAGGGCAGGAAGGCACUGAGCCAAGAGAGAGAGAGCAGGGAAAAGUUGAGACAGAGCCAGAGGGGCAGGCUAGCAGGCAAAGGGAAGAAGAAACUGGGGCUCUGCUAUCCAGGAAGAAGAGACAGGACCGUCCGAUCCAGCAGCCAUAAGUCACCGGGGCUACUGCAUCAGCACUCCUCCUGUCCCUCUCUCUCUCUCUCUCUCUCUCUCUCUCUCUCUCUCUCUCUCUCUCUCUCUCUCUCUAACUGGGGCUGCAGCCUGCCUUUCUCUGCAGAGGAAGCGCUGGCUGGUGGAAUCUACUUGAAUGCACCCUGAUAAAAGAGAGAGAGAGACUGACUGGCUGUGCGCAGUGAUUCUCCCCUGCUCUGCCGUGCGUUUGUCCUCACUGACUCAGCUGUGCUCUGUAGUCAGCCUGCUGGUCCAGCCUCUCGGGAACACAGCCACAGGAAGAGUCCUUCUGACAGGAGUGUUGUGGGGCUGGCAGGCAGACGCACCACAACCAGGACUGGCUAACAACACAGUGGGACGUGGUACCUCGGUUGGGAUCAGAUCAGACACCCAGGCACAACACACAACCAGACCAGUGGGACUCUGGGUUACAUCCACCUGACCACCAGAGGAGUUUUUGACGGGAUAACUCCAGCCCAACGGACCCCGGGCUGGAUCCCACAGCAGGGGGUGUUUUGGACGGGUUCAGACUGCCAUGGAAGUCCAGGGGAGUGGGGCUGAGCAGCCCAGGUCCAGGUGUCUGUUCUCCAGCCUGAUCAUCACUCUGCUGCUCAGUGUGUGGUCUGCUCAGGGCCUGGAGAUGUCCACGGGGAAGGUCCCAUUCAUGGAGGCGCUGAACGGCAGUACUGUGCUGCUACCCUGCACCUACGCCAGCUGUAUCGGCAUCAAAAACCUUUACUUCAACUGGCAGUACAAUGACAACGGCACUAUGCAGAAGGUUUGUGAGUCAGUGAUUCCGUCAGACGGGAUGGAUCCUCAUCCAGUGAGUAUCUACCGGGAGCGGGUGGAGUUUAUCGGCACCAGUGAUCACAACAACAUCUCCAUCCUGCUUUGGAACAUCACCUUUGAGGACGAGGGCCAGUACACCUGCUUCGGACGCAACCCCAAAGAGAAGGGCAAGAACCACAGCGCUAUCUUUACCCUUGUCGUGGUGGACGAGUUACGAGUGGUGGACAACACUCUCACCAUCAUAAUUGCUUCUGCAGUGGGCGGAGCCAUCGCCCUGCUGAUGACUUUCAUGCUGGUGAAGAACUUCAUCCUUUUCGUUCUCUUCAAAAUCGAGGAGAGGAAAAAGAUCGAGUGCCUUGUACAAUCUUCCUCAGCUGAUGAAACAAACAAUGUCUCAGGAUCCAAAACUUCAAAACCACUGACACCAAAGAAGAAAUGAGAGUACUUGCAUGUAUGUACAUCCACAUAUAAAUAUACAGUUAUAUCUAUGCAUAUACUGUAUUUUUAUGCAUAAACAUGUGUAUUGACAUGUGACUCCAUGGGCAGGCUUCUUGGGCAGGUUUUUUGGACUGAGAAGCACGUCUGAUGGAGAGACUUCAUUGAAAGUGUUUGUUAGUCCAAUAAGCUUAGGCUGUGUCCCGGAAACCGCUCCCAUACGUUCUAGUUGAUAUAUCUUUUUUUUUUUUAUUAAGACCUGAACCUAGGACUGUUUUUCAUAUUAUAUUAAAAAUAAAAUAUAUGCUUAAUACGAGGAAUAAUGCUAUGUAAUAAUGCUGUUUAAUCUGUGCUGGAUCCUACUCCUCUCUCCACCAACCAACCCCACUGCCCUGGGUUCAACUGAAACUGGCUACAAAAUCAAACGGUGUGUUUGAAGAAAAUAUAUGGGAUAUUAUUCACAGUUUCAUUCAAUCUCCAGUGGCAUUAUGCCCCUUCAGAUCCAGCUUCAGUCCUAUUGCACAAUAACACUGAUUCGCAUCAAGCUUAGUUUAGUGCUUUUUAGAAUACAAUAUUAACUCUGCUAUUCCAAAAGUAAUUAAUUAACCCUGUUGUAUCAUAUUUAGAAACUAGGGUCUCUAAAGGCUUUUGCUGCGGUGAGGAGUGAGAAAGGAUCCAGUUCAGAACAUUAUACAUUUUCUUUGCUUGAUAUAAAACACUGGUGCCUGUUAGCGCUUCUAUCUUCCUCUGCUGGUAGGAAGACUAAAUACUGCAAAACUAUUUACCAAACGCAGCAAAACGCAAAGGAUUAAUACUACAAGCUGAUGAAUGAAAUGAUAGACAAUCCCUUAACCAACCCCCUAGAAAAAGGAAUAAUACUACAAGCUGAUGAAUGAAAUGAUAGACAAUCCCUUAACCAACCCCCUAGAAAAAGGAAUAAUACUACAAGCUGAUGAAUGAAAUGAUAGACAAUCCCUUAACCAACCCCCUAGAAAAAGGAAUAAUACUACAAGCUGAUGAAUGAAAUGAUAGACAAUCCCUUAACCAACCCCCUAGAAAAAGGAAUAAUACUACAAGCUGAUGAAUGAAAUGAUAGACAAUCCCUUAACCAACCCCCUAGAAAAAGGAAUAAUACUACAAGCUGAUGAAUGAAAUGAUAGACAAUCCCUUAACCAACCCCCUAGAAAAAGGAAUAAUACUACAAGCUGAUGAAUGAAAUGAUAGACAAUCCCUUAACCAACCCCCUAGAAAAAGGAAUAAUACUACAAGCUGAUGAAUGAAAUGAUAGACAAUCCCUUAACCAACCCCCUAGAAAAAGGAAUAAACCUCUAAUAAUGCUGUUUUUAAGACAAAUACCCGUAAUGCGUUUAUAAGCAUGUGAAACCCCAAGGCAGAUGUAGAGGCACGAUGCCUGACAAUAGAAAUGUACCCUCUCGUGUUCUUUCCUGGAAUCCCAGAUUUAGCCACGUGUGAUGUGUUUAGUUCUGCUUUGAAGCUGGUUCCAAGUCUGCUCAUAUCAUGCCGACCCUCACCACAUCCAGUGGUUGGCAAGGCAAUGCACUGGAAACUAUUAGGUAGUGGGUUCACUGGCUUGAACAUGAACGUGUAUCAGACAGAAACACAUGUAUGUCCACUUACCAAUAACUGUCUCUUUGUUGUUCUGAACACAUUUACCCAGACCGAUGUGUCGACACACUGCAAUAAGUACUGACAUGCUGCAGCGCAGCGGAAUUUAUGAUGGUUCAUUCAUGGCUCCUGAUUCAACACAAAUUCAGCCCGUGCGGAAAACCAGAUGUCCCUCAUCUAUAGUCAUUACGGACACCUCCACUAACCACACCAUAAAGAGAUGCAUGGAGCAGCAGUUCGGUUGCAGGUAGAGCGAUAGACGGGGACAGAUCUUUACUGGACAGUGUAGAAUAGACACACAACUAAUAUCCCAUAUUCAGCCCAUUUAUUGUGCCAAACUGGGAUAACCCUGAGAAACCCACAUCUGAUCAGGAAUGGACUCCUUUCAUGGGUUUCCUAAGUUACUAUUGAAAUCAAUCGCUCUUGAACUGCUAUGGUAUAUAUGGCUAUGGCAUAUAUCCAAUGGUGGCACGUUUAAGAUGCUGAAUGUCUUGUUUGUGUGUGUGAAAACAUGCGUGUUCAGGGGAGAACUUCAUGUCUAUGUCCAUCGUCCAGGAUCUUGCUGCAUCUGUCAUUGUAUAAACAUAACAAAUAUACCUCCCUCAAUCACUGAAGCAGUUUCUGAUAUGGACAAGACCCAGUAAUGCUGUUCCCAUAGCAUAGCCCUUCAAAUACAUGCACUGGCUUGUUGCAAUAGCAGGAGGGUCUUUUGGGAACUUUUACCUUAAAGAUGUGCUAGACAUGUAAACCACAGAGAUGUCUUGUACCAGUGGAGCGGUGAGUGAAUGAACCUAAAUAGCUGUAUAUUUAACAUGAGGUUAAAGUUGAAUGACCUCAGGUGUCUUAGAUGAGAACAGAUAGAUGGCACGGUUAAAUCAUAGACAGUAGUAAAUGUACUAUCUCUGGUAGGACACGGAUUUGAGCUUGUGGCACUGAAUCCCUGACUGACUCACACUCCUAAAGAGAACAGUGAUACUAUGCAAACCCCACUACUGAGCGGAAGACAUGCAUGUACUGUAGGACAGACUGCUCCAGUUCUCCCAAUGGGAUCUGCUUUCACAGCGCUGCCCAGGCAUUACAGCAACAUGACUAUAGCUACUGCAGGAUUCCAAUACACCAUAGAGUUUUUACUGUGAUAAUGUGAGCAAUAAAAAUGACAGGAGCAACAGUAAUCAAAGUAGGUUAUGGGAAAUGGAGUUCUGAUGAGCUAUGGAAGAUGAGGAACGGGUUUGUAGUGCACGGAUUUCCAUGGCUCAUCUUCUAUUCAGCAGAAGGGUCUGUGGGAUGGACUGCAGUGAGAAAUCCUUGAAAAUAAGAACCUGUGGAGAUAUGCAAUAUAGAGUCUGUAAUUUAAAGGAGCAACAUGAUAUUUUAGCCAUAAAUUACAUUUUGUGGUGGUUUUAUAAGGAGACUGCUUACAACCGCUUAAAAAUGGCUUAGUACAGCUUAUCACAAUCCGAGAAAGAUUGUUGCAAGGACGUGAAUGCGUUUUGUAUUGCUAAUGUUUUUGCUAUUGUCAACCUCACAGACGAGAACCAAUCGUGAUACAGGAAGUUGUACAAAACUAAUUUGCAGCUUCACGUAGAAUUCUAAUAAGUAGGUUUUAUUGUGAAUUUCUAUUCCGUUGGUACUACUGGCAUGUAAUUCACAUUGGGCACUAGUUGCAAGUGGAAAUUGUCCAUGUAUAACCUCUAACGUACUUAAAGCAUAACUGUGAGUGUGACUCACAUGUCCUUUUGAAAUGCCCUUACACAGUACUGUAGCAGUACCAACUGUCUUCCCUGUACGCUGACAACUACUGAAAAGAACUGGAUGGAUGAAGCAAUAUGAAUGUUCAAUCUUUGUAGUUUGGAAAUUGAGAACAUUGUAGUAGCAGAGUUGCUGACAGUGACCUCUGUCAUCCAUUAUUGCACUUUUGACAACAGAAUGUUUGUGAAGCUAUAAUGUCGCCAGACAGUAGACACCUUGGUCCCACAUUGCUAUCCCAACUAACGCAAAUGUACAGUCAUUUCUCUUUACUCCCUCUCAAAUGAUGCCCCCUCCCAUGUAAUCUCUCCACCAUGCAGAUCAGCUGUAUUGUUUAUUAUAAAACCCACCAGAAUCCAAUAAACGUUUAAAUAAAA